CUUCUCAGGACCUCAGAUAGCAGUUUCUCAGAGCCUCAGUAGCAUGGCUGUUCCAUGGCUGGUGCUGCUAGUGAGCCUGUCUACCUUUUACCUGGGAGUCUUCAUAUGGACUGUCAUUCAUCACUUUCUCAUUGUGGACAUCCCCUCUGCCUUGCAACAUCCUGUCAAGUUCAGAUUUCUGCAUUGUUUAAUGCUGUACAUAAUUACUCUGGGAAAUAUAUUAGAGAAGAUGAAAAUUUGCUCCAUGCUCAGAUUUAUUCAGUUUUUCCAGGACUUAAUAGUCAUAAAGAAUAACCAUAAUUUGGUGGUAACCAACAUGCAUUUUGGGACCAUUCCUGUGAGACUAUUCCAGCCUAAAGCAGUGUCCUCAGAAGGCCGGCGAGGCAUUAUUUUCUACCAUGGAGGGGGAGCCAUAUGUGGCAGCCUGGACUGUUAUCACAAUCUGUGCAGCUUCCUUGCCCAGCAGACGGAUUCAGUGGUGCUAUCAGUGGGGUACCGCAAGCUUCCUGACCACCAUUACCCUUGUAUUACUAAGGAUUGCCUAAAUGCCUCCAUUCACUUCUUGAAGAAUCUAAUGACCUAUGGGGUAGACCCCUCCCGGGUGAUAGCCUGUGGAGAAAGUAUUGGAGGUGGGGCUGCGGCCUUUGUUACCGAGGCAUUGGUCAGCUUCCCAAGUCUCCCCCACAUCUGUGCUCAGGUGCUCAUUACUCCAGCUCUGCAGGUGAUCAAUUUCCGUUUACCAUCACAUCAGCAAAACCAAAAUGUCCCAUUCCUCACCAGAGACAUACUCACGAUAUCUGUGUGUAAAUACCUGGACAUUGACUUAUCUUGGAAAGAUGCACUGUUUAAUGGUACUUACAUGCAUCCAGACACCUGGGAGAAGUAUAGGAAAUGGCUCAGCUCUGAUAACAUCCCUAGAAGGUUCAAGAAUAAAAGCCUCCUGCCUGAGUUUUCAAGACCUUUUGAUGAGGCUGCCUUUCUGGAAAUCAGACAUAACACAGGUUCAGAGGUCUCACCUAUCCUAGUAGAUGACAAGAUCAUUGCUCAGCUUCCAGAAGCAUUCAUAGUGACCUGUGAGAAUGACCCCCUGCGUGAUGAUGCCUUACUCUACAAGAAGCGCUUAGAAGACCAAGGCAUCCCUGUAACCUGGCACCAUGUGGAAGAUGGCUUUCAUGGAUGCAUCCUUUUGUUUGAUAAACAGCCUUUCUCUUUUCCCUGCUCCAUUAAAAUUGCAAAUGCUGUUGCCAGUUACAUAAAGGGCAUAUGACAGUCACCUUUGGCUUAGAGUAUGGA